GCGAGGUUCUAAACUGGCCUCCUAAGAAUUCCUAAUCCUGGGACAGCAGCCAGCCAGCGGGCUCGGGGUCACACAAGGUCCUUGCGCCCUGUCCCCAGCACCCAGCCAGGGUUGCCAUGGCCUGCCUGUUCUCUGGCCGUGUCCUGAUCCGAAACAACAGUGACCAGGAUGAGCUGGACACGGAGGCUGAGCUCAGCCGCCGGCUGGAAAACCGACUGGUGCUGCUGUUCUUUGGUGCCGGCUCGUGCCCGAAGUGCCAGGCCUUUGCACCCAUCCUCAGGGACUUCUUUGUGCAGCUCACGGAUGAGUUCUACGUGUUGCGGGCAGCCCAGCUGGCCCUGGUGUACGUGUCCCAGGACUCGACAGAGGAGCAGCAGGACCUGUUCCUCAGGGACAUGCCCAAGAAGUGGCUCUUCUUGCCCUUCGAGGAUGACCUGAGGAGGGACCUCGGGCGCCGGUUCUCCGUGGAGCGCCUGCCGGCGGUCGUGGUGCUCAAGCCGAGUGGGGACGUGCUCACGUUCGACGCGGCCGACGAGAUCCGGCGCCUGGGCCCUGCCUGUUUCGCCAACUGGCAAGAGGCGGCAGAGGUGCUGGACCGCAGCUUCCUGCUGCCAGAGGACCUGGAAGACCCCGCGCCGCGGAGCCUCACCGAACCACUGCGCCGCUGCAAGUACCGAGUGGACCCGGCUGCGCGGGGCGUACGAGGCCGGGGUAGAGGGGGCGGCCCCAGGCAGGACGGCGGGGCCGAGGGCGGGGCCGUGGGGCUGUUCUGA